AUGCAAAACGGUAGCCCGAAUGGCCCAUCGAUCCAAGAUGAGCGCGUGAUGCCGGACUUUGAUUCUACGCCUCUUGACGCGUCACUCCCACAAGAAUCCGCCGAUUCUGGCACCCGCGAGCAGAUCCCUUCCGAGCCGAACCUCGACGAAGCUGUCCCUGAAACCGAAGGCCCUCCGUCCAAGAAACGACGACUGACUGAUUCGCAACGAUUGACACCCCGUGCCCCUUCGCCCCCUUGGAAGAGAUUUGGCUUCGAGGGGCCAACGUCAUUCCUCUCAGAAGGCAAACGCAGGUCAUCGCGCACAAACACGGUACCCCUUGAGCAGCAGCCUCCAUCAGACAAGAGACAAACCCGAGCAGCUCAGCAGCAGCACAUAACCAAGGGAAGUCCCCAUGGCUCCAAACCGGCAACCUCUUCCCCGCUGUCGGUCACUCAGUCGCGUGCGCAGGCCAAUGGAAAACUUGGUGGCAAGGUAACAGCGAACGGGUCGCCCAAGACGGUUCCCAAAAGACAUGCCACUGUCAAGCAACCGCGCGUAUCCCAAUCACCUGCGCCCAAACCGAGCCACGCGCGCGCGAGGUCUCGCAGCUCUGGUGCCAAUGUAAAUGGUUUCAGCCCUCGUCCUCUGCGAGACCGUGCAUCCCUUUCGGCUACGUCUACCGGUGGCCUCGAGACCCGUCAAGAAGAACAGGACCAGGGAGUGAAGGUUUCACGGCUGCGGAUAAAGGUGAAGAAGCCAACCCUCUCUUUACAACACCCCGGCCAUGUGCCUGCUCCUCGAAAAUAUGGAUCGUUCCGGGAAUGGGUUGACAGUGAGGAUGCGAAUAUUGGUGGCGAAGGCAUACUGUCUGCCGCGGAAGCUAUCAAAGAGGCUCGGAGACGACGCGAAGUUGAGAAAGCUGCUGAACCUGGUGGCCCACUGAGCUCAGACCUUUGCUCUGCAUAUAUCACGGAGCAACAGGAAGAGCCGCCUCCCCAGUACUCGCAUCACGAUCAUCUGGUGGCACAUGCAUUGUAUUUCCAAAAGCUUUUGGAUAAGGAACACAAGCGCCACCGACAAAUGGCCAAACUGUUUGCGCAAUGGUGCGCAGAUGCCUGGAGGAAGCGCAACAAGGAUCCGGAAGAUAUCCUGCGAGAGCAGCAAGAAGAGAUGCGCGGAAAACGCAGGCAGCUGGCCAAGGACCUCCAGAAGAUGUUUGAUCUGGCACGUGCUGAAAUUGAUCGAAGGCGUUUGGCCCGCUGGGAGGAAGAACGGAAAGUGGAAAACCAGCAGGCUCUCGACAGCGCGAUCAAAAAGUCUACGGCCCUGUUUGAAAAGAGACGAUCGGAGAUCUUGGGCGAAGUCCCUAGCGAUGCCCCCGCUUCGAGUGAGGAAGAAGAUGCCGAAACAGAUACCUCUACCGAUUCAGAUGAGGACGAUGAGAGCAAUAUGUCGACCUCCGAGUCUGAAGGGGAUGAUGAAGCCAAUGUGGAUGAGCAGGUGGAUGAAGAUGCGGCGUUGACGGCGGAGGAGCUACGAUUAAAAUACGCCAACUUGCCGGCCGAUGAGGCUUUGGAUCGCAUGUCAGUGGCAUCGGACAGCACAGCUGUCACCAAUUACAGCAAUGGUCCCCGCCGAGAAAGUGCUCCAACCAGAAUGGAUUCUCAGCCGGCAGAAGAUUCGCAAUUAGACGACGUGGACUCGGUUCUCAUGGAAGAUAGCGAUCAGUCGACCGACAUGGAUGAUGACAUGGGCGACAGUGACGAAGACGCAGACUCUGACGAAGACGAAGAGUCUGACGAGGAAAGCGAUGAUGGGCCUGGUUUGCUCGGCUUCUUCGCGCCUAAAGACAUUGCUGUCCCUCAAGAUGGUGGAGAGGCGGUCGUUGAUACUGAGAGCGUUGAAGACGUCAAGUUGGGAUCUGAAGCUGGUGAUGAUAACGACUUUCAAGAUCCCGAUGACUUCUCGCUCAUCCCCAAUGGACUAACGGCCGACGAACACGGUUCAGAAGCAGAAGGCACGCCCCCAGAAGUUGUUGAAGCCUCCGAAGCCUCUGCCAUAGCCGACGGGGAAACUCCUUUGUCUGAAAACAUCGAGUACAAUGAGACUUCCGAAUCUGCAUUGGCCGAUACCACUGUUCCUGACGUCUCCGAAUCGGCGGAUGAGGUGGAACAUGUCCUCGAUACCCGGCCAAGCGGCGAAUUGUCCAGUGAAGCUUCUCCCGGGACCUUCGCGACCAAGCCCUCCGAACCCGAAUCUGUCUCUUCCUACGAACCUGCCGCAGAAAAGUCCUUGCAGACAGGCCACUCUCCUGCACCUGGCUUGAAGACACCAAUCCCACACCUCUUACGUGGCACUCUACGUGAGUAUCAGCACUAUGGACUGGACUGGCUUGCGGGCCUCUACAACAACCACAUCAACGGCAUCCUGGCCGAUGAGAUGGGUCUCGGUAAAACGAUCCAGACAAUUGCUCUCCUUGCCCACCUUGCUGUCGAUCAUGGAGUGUGGGGCCCACACCUAGUGGUUGUACCAACCAGCGUCAUGCUCAACUGGGAGAUGGAAUUCAAGAAAUGGUGCCCGGGUUUCAAGAUCAUGACCUACUAUGGUAACCAGGAAGAGCGCAAAGCUAAACGCCGAGGCUGGACGGAUGACAAUGCCUGGAACGUGUUGAUCACAUCAUAUCAACUAGUCCUGCAGGACCAGUCGUCUCUCAAGCGCAGAAACUGGCACUACAUGGUUCUCGACGAGGCGCACAACAUCAAAAACUUCCGGUCACAACGGUGGCAAGCUCUUCUGACGUUCAAGACCCGGGCUCGGCUUCUCCUUACCGGUACUCCUCUGCAGAACAACUUGACCGAGCUGUGGUCUCUCCUGUUCUUCUUGAUGCCUUCCGAUGGAAAUGGAAAUGGCAUUGAUGGUUUUGCUGACCUCCGAGACUUCUCGGAGUGGUUCCGUCGACCCGUGGAGCAGAUCUUGGAACAUGGACGGGAGACGAUGGAUGAUGAAGCUAAGCGGGUAGUUACCAAACUCCACACUGUCCUUCGUCCGUACAUCUUGCGUCGCCUCAAAGCCGAUGUUGAGAAACAGAUGCCCGGAAAAUUUGAGCAUGUGAUGUACUGCAGGCUCUCAAAGCGGCAGCGGUUUUUGUACGAUGGGUUCAUGUCCAUGGCUCAGACCAAAGAAACACUUGCGUCGGGGAAUUUCCUCUCGAUUAUCCACUGUCUCAUGCAACUUCGCAAGGUUUGCAACCAUCCCGAUCUGUUCGAAACCCGUCCCAUUUCGACCUCGUUCGCCAUGCCCCGAUCCGCAGUGACGAACUUCAACAUGAAGGAGUCCCUCGUGCGCCGAAGGCUGCUCUUCGAACAUCCUCUCACCAAGAUCGACCUGGAUUUUCUGAACCUAGCACCAAUUUCUAGAGAGGAAAUCUCCCGGCGUCUGGCAGACGAUAGCAUUCGACUCAUGGCUUCUCGUCCCUUCAAAAUUCUUCGGGAGCGUCAGUACCAACGAACCAACUGGCAGAUGGGUUUCGAUGGGUCCAAUAUGCAGAGCAUUUUGGAUUCUCUGGAGAAUGCCUGCCGAAUGAGGAGGAUGGCCGAGCUUGAACGUUGUUUGUACUUUGAGUCCAAACGCCACGGCCGCCGGCCGAUUUACGGCAGCAGUCUCGUCGAGUUCCUCAGAGCCGGGACCAAGGAACACGCUCUCUCCAACGCGCCUUUGCGAAAGCGCUCCAUGGCCGACUGGCUGUCGAGCCGCUCCUCUGUCCUCGCAUCGAUGAUCAUGUCCAUUGAAGAACGCUCCAUUGAGAUGGAUGGCUAUGUCCAGAGAUUCGCCUGCGUCACUCCUGCUGCCGUCGCUGCUGGCAUGACCGAAGCUGCUCUCACUCCUGUCGAUACGCGCCUAUUGACGAAUACCAAGAAGGACCAGCCCUACGACCCAUUCCACGAAGCGCAGAUGCGGCUGUCAAUUGCAUUCCCGGACAAACGCUUGCUCCAGUACGACUGCGGUAAACUGCAACGGCUCGACAAACUGCUCCGUGAUCUCAAGGCAGGAGGUCAUCGCGCCCUGAUCUUCACGCAAAUGACAAAGAUGCUUGACAUCCUGGAACAGUUCCUCAACAUCCAUGGGCAUCGCUAUCUUCGACUGGACGGAACUACAAAGGUGGAACAGCGACAACUGCUCACAGAGCGGUUCAACAGCGACCCGCGGAUUCUGGCGUUUAUUCUAUCCAGUCGAUCCGGCGGUCUUGGAAUCAACUUGACUGGCGCCGAUACCGUCAUCUUCUACGAUCUGGACUGGAACCCGGCUAUGGACAAGCAAUGUCAAGAUCGUUGCCAUCGCAUUGGGCAAACACGCGAUGUUCACAUCUAUCGGUUCGUGUCCGAGUACACCAUUGAAUCCAACAUUUUACGCAAAGCCAACCAGAAGCGCAUGCUGGAUGAUGUGAUCAUACAAGAAGGUGAAUUCACCACCGACUACUUCACCCGGCUGGAUGUUCAAGGCAUGGAACAAAGCGAUGAGCUGGACGGCCACGACGAAGCGAGUGCCGCCAUGGAUCGCGUGCUCGGCAACCGCGUCCCAACUGCAACGCGUGCAUUCGAGCAAGCCGAAGACAAGGAAGAUAUUGACGCCGCUAAGAAUGCACAGAAGGAGCUGGAGCAUGCCGACGAUGGCGACUUUGAGGACCGCAGUGUAUCACAUGGGACGCCUGCUCAGGCCGGCACCCCGAUGACCUCGGGAGCAGAAGACGCUACUGCUGCUGCUGGCGCUGCCUCGCAGAAGCUGGCCGAUGAGCUUGCCCGUGAACCGGAGCCUGCCCACAUCGACGACUACCUUCUCCGGUUCAUGGAGUGGAACAUGCGGGAUGAACCACUGGUGCUGCCUCGCGACAAGAGCAAAAAGAAGUCCAAAAAGGGCAAAGAGCACCGUCUAAGCAAGAGGCGCCGCUGA